AUUCCACAGAAUGUACCGAAUCCACUGAAUACCUUAAUCCACUGAAUCCACCGAAUCCACCAAAUCCACUGAAUCCACCGAAUCCAUCGAAUCUACCGAAUCCACCGACUACGCCGAAUCCACUGGAUCCACUGAAUCCAAUGAAUCCACUGAAUCCAAUGAAUCGACUGAAUUCACUUAAUCCAUAUAAUCCACUGAAUCCACUCAAUCCACCGAAUCCACUGAAUACACCGAAUCCUCCGAAUCCACUUAAUCCAUUUAAUCUACCGAAUCCACUGAAUCCACAGAAUCCACCGAAUCCACUGAAUCCACAGCAGCCACCCAACCCACUGAAUCCACCGGAUCCACUGAAUUCACUGAAUCCACUUAAUCCAUUGAAUCCACAGAAUCCACCCAAUCCACUAAAUCCACCGAAUCCACUCAAUCCACUGAAUCCACCGAACCCACCAAAUCCACUGAAUCCACCGAAUCCAUCGAAUCUAACGAAUCCACCGACUACGCCGAAUCCACUGGAUCCACUGAAUCCAAUGAAUCCACUGAAUCCAAUGAAUCGACUGAAUUCACUUAAUCCAUAUAAUCCACUGAAUCCACUCAAUCCACCGAAUCCACUGAAUACACCGAAUCCUCCGAAUCCACCGAAUCCACUUAAUCCAUUUAAUCUACCGAAUCCACUGAAUCCACAGAAUCCACCGAAUCCACUGAAUCCACAGCAGCCACCCAACCCACUGAAUCCACCGGAUCCACUGAAUUCACUGAAUCCACUUAAUCCAUUGAAUCCACAGAAUCCACCCAAUCCACUGAAUCCACUAAAUCCACCGAAUCCACCGAAUCCACUCAAUCCACUGAAUCCACUCAAUCCACUGAAUCCACCGAACCCACCAAAUCCACUGAAUCCACCGAAUCCAUCGAAUCUAACGAAUCCACCGACUACGCCGAAUCCACUGGAUCCACUGAAUCCAAUGAAUCCACUGAAUCCAAUGAAUCGACUGAAUUCACUUAAUCCAUAUAAUCCACUGAAUCCACUCAAUCCACCGAAUCCACUGAAUACACCGAAUCCUCCGAAUCCACCGAAUCCACUUAAUCCAUUUAAUCUACCGAAUCCACUGAAUCCACUGAACCCACCGAAUCCACUCAAUCCACCGAAUCUACUGAAUCCACCGAAUCCACUGAAUUCACUUAAUCCAUUUAAUCUAACGAAUCCACUGAAUCCGCGGAAUCCACCGAAUCCACCCAAUCCACCGAAUCCACUCAAUCCACUUAAUCCACUGAAUCCACCGAAUCCAUCGAAUCUACCAAAUCCACCGAAUCCAUUGAAUCCAAUGAAUCCACUGAAUCCACUUAAUCCAUUUAAAUUACCGAAUCCACUGAAUCCACGGAAUCCUCCCAAUCCAUUGAACCCACCGAAUCUACUCAAUCCACCGAAUCCACUGAAUCCACCGAUACCACCCAAUCCACUGAAUCCACCGAAUCCAUUUAAUCCACUGAAUCCACCGAAUCCAUCGAAUCCACCGAAUCUACCGAAUCCACCGAAUACACCAAAUCCACCGAAUCCACCGAAUCCACUGAAUCCAAUGAAUCCACUGAAUCCAAUGAAUCCACUUAAUCCAUUUAAUUUACCGAAUCCACUGAAUCCACGGAAUCCACCCAAUCCAUUGAACCCACCGAAUCCACUCAAUCCACUGAAUCUACCGAAUCCACUGAAUCCACCGAAUCCACCGAUACCACCCAAUCCACUGAAUCCAUUUAAUCCACUGAAUCCACCGAAUCCAUCGAAUCCACCGAAUACACCAAAUCCACCGGAUCCACUGAAUCCCAUGAAUCCAAUUAAUCUACUUAAUCCAUAUAAUCCACUGAAUCCACUCAAUCCACCGAAUCUACUGAAUCCACCGAAUCCUCCGAAUCCACUGAAUUCACUUAAUCCAUUUAAUCUAUCGAAUCCACUGAAUCCGCGGAAUCCACCGAAUCCACCCAAUCCACUGAAUCCAAUGAAUCCACUGAAUCCACUUAAUCCAUAUAAUCCACUGAAUCUAUUCAAUCCACCGAAUCCACUCAAUCCACCGAAUCCAUCGAAUCUACUGAAUCCGCUGAAUCCACUGAAUGAAAAGAAUCAAAAUUAA